AUGUUAGUUACUCCGACUAUUUUUCUGUGGUUAGUGGUACUCGCAUUAGUUAGCUAUUGGAGUUAUAAGUUUCUUUUUGGUCGACCCGUUAAUUUCCCUCCGGGCCCACCGCGGUUCCCGUUACUCGGAAGCUAUGGAAUACUCUUAAUGAUCAAUCAUUUGCAUCUGCAUAAGGCUGUGGCAAAGUUACGUCGCUUCUAUGGAACCAACAUUUUGGGAAUGUAUCUCGGCAGCUUCGAGACCGUUUACGUCAGUGACUAUGAUACGGCAAAGGAAGUGCUGAAUCGCGUGGAGUUCGAUGGACGUCCGAACUUAUUUUUGGCGUUGUUGCGCGAGAAGAAUUUUAAACGUCGAGGAAUUUUCUUUACGGAAGGAUCCGAUUGGAAGGAACAGCGGAGGUAUAUUUUGAGACAUUUGCGCGAUUUUGGUUUCGGUCGUCGCUUCGAAGACCUGGAAGCGGAAACCAACGCGGAAAUUGCGACGCUAGUUGAUGUGCUGAGAUAUGGCCAAAAGUACGACUACGAAAGGGAAUUCAUGAAGGACGGCUACGUUAAAUGUCCUGCUGUUUUUUCGAUCUGUUUUUCCAACGCAUUUCUCUAUGUGCUUUCUGGGGAACGGAUCCCGAGAGAGGAAGCCGGGCCACUAUUCGAAAGCGGAAAAGAUGCGUUAAUAUUUCAACGGCUUGGUGACGACUUCGGGACCAUCCUAAGUCUGCUUCCAUGGACGAAGCAUUUUUUCCCCAAUGCCACUAACUACAAUCGUCUUCGCAAUGCCAGUAUGAGAUUAAACGCGUUUAUUGAGUCUGUCAUCCAGAAGCAGCUCUGCAGCUACGACGACAGCCAUAUUCGGAAUUUUCUUGAUUUGUACUACAAAGAGAUGCAGAAAACGGUCCCCAAGGAAGGGGAACGCUUCAGUUUCCAAUAUGAUCAGUUGGUGCUCGGUAUUGUUGACUUUUUCUUACCGGCGAUUUCCGGUGCUACAUCACAAAUCGCGCUACUGCUGGAACGCCUUAUCCAGCAUCCGGAAGUGUUCAGUAGGAUGCAAAAUGAAAUUGAUGAAGUGGUUGGCAAUGGACGGUUUCCAUCGUUGAAUGAUCGAAUUAAUUUGCCUUAUACAGAAGCUACACUGCGAGAGGGAAUGAGAAUCGACACGCUUGUACCGUCAGGUAUUGGUCAUCUAGCUCUCGAAGACACAACGUUGCGGGGUUAUAACAUCCCUAAGGGAACUAUCUUGAUGUUAGGAUUGGAUGCAAUACACAACCAACCGGAAGUUUGGGGUGAUCCGCUAAAUUUCCGCCCGGAACGAUUCCUAGGUCAUGAUGGAAAGCUUGCAUUGUCAAAGGAUAUUUCUGUUCCAUUUGGAGCCGGUAAGCGACUAUGUGCUGGUGAAACCUUUGCGAGAAACACGAUGUUCCUCAUUGUGUCGGCACUAGCGCAACAAUUCAACAUUCAGCAGCCGCCUACGGAUCGAAUGCCGGAUUUAAGCAAACGAAUGACUGGUGUGAUUAUUACCCCCAAGGAUUACUGGUUGAAAUUCGUGCCACGAUGAAAUGUGAUAUAAAUGUUAAAUA